CAAUAGUGCGCAGCCAGACAAAAUCGCUCAUGUAGAAUACCAUAUGUCCUUCAUCGGACACCGUAACUGCAGUGUACGUUAUUAUUUCUUGACACGUGUUGUAAGCGAUUAGUCAGUAGCGACAGUUUAAUAUUUAUUUUCAGAAACCAGCAAAGGUAUUACACUAUUUUACAGUAGGCAAAUAUUUAUGUCUUGCACGUUCUGGCUAACUGGCUAGCAUUGCUGUUUUCAGUAGUAACUUGUUAGCGCGUAACACACUGACGCUAACGAGCCACGGUAGCAGUUCACUAGCCAGCUUUCCAGUUUGUGUUACGUGUAGGUGGUUGUCAUCGACCUUCCAGCAAGUUUGAAGCCAUGAGUGACAGCGACGACGAUAUCCCUCAGCUGUCCGCGGCCACCCUUGCUGCCCUGCAGGAGUUUUACAGAGAGGAGAGAGACGGGCUUGUGCAGAGCACAGCACCGGUGGACAAGUACUCGGUGGGGGCGGUGGAAGAGGACUGGCGUAUGAGCCAAUUCUGGUACAGCGAUGAGACAGCAACACGGCUAGUUGAAGAGGUUAUUCAGGAAGCUGGGAAAGGUGGCAGGAUAGCCUGUCUGAGUGCACCCAGUGUGUACCAGAAGCUGAAGCAGGGGGUGGUGGAGGGCUCUGACGGUGUGUCGGCUGUGGUUCUAGAGUAUGACCGCCGUUUCGCCACCUACGGCCAAGAGUUCAUCUUCUAUGACUACAACGAGCCCCUUGCUCUCCCAGAGGAUGUGGCCCCACAGAGUUUCGAUGUUGUCCUAGCUGACCCCCCCUACCUGUCUGAGGAGUGCCUCAAUAAGGUUGCCCAGACUGUGAAGUACCUGGCCAAGGGCAAGGUGCUGCUCUGCACAGGAGCCAUCAUGGAGGAGCAUGCAGAGAAGUUGAUGGGUCUGAAGAUAUGCAGCUUCCUGCCCAAACACAACAAAAACCUGGCCAACGAGUUCCGCUGUUUCACUAACUACCCCUCAAACCUCAUGUCCUGAGACUCUACAACCCUUCAUGUAUGGCCUUAUUGACUUUUGAUGUCCGACGUCCAUCAAUGCCUCAGUUCUGACUUGACCGAUGUCUGUGAUAGUCGCAAGGAAGGCCCAUCUUGUUGGGCAAUUUGCAUUGCCUGUCCUUUUAGACAAGGUUUCAUUUUGGGGACUAAUGGUAUCAGACUCUGGAGAUUGUUUUUAAAAUGAUUUCUUAUCCCAUAACAUAAUUAUGAAGUGAAUAAUGGUAUUCAUAUGACUUCAGUGUAAAUAAUAUUUCAUAUACACAGCAAAUAAAUGUCUAAACUGCUGUAAAAAUCUGUCAAGAUUUCAUUUGCAGGGCCUGGGAACGUGCUUAGAGUAUCAUGUAAUACCAGCAGUCGGCAGUGUCAAUUAAGUAUAUUACUGUGUUGAAAUCCUCCUGGGUUCAAAACUACUGCUGCUUACACAGCCCUUUUCUAUUGCCUUGCUGCCCGUGGAUAGUUUGUUCUUGUCAUUGGAGCAGAGACUGCUCUCUUCAAACUCAAGGAUGCGCAGAGCAGCAACCAGUCUUUCUCCAGCAGAGGAACAUGGGUGGACCCCAUGGCCACAGAUUCAUAGCUCUAUGCAUGAGUAGUAGGUUUAUGACAAGAAUUCAUCCACCUGCGCUCAGGCAAACCCCUCUUCUGUUUCAAGUGAAGGUCUGUGUUGUAAUGCAUCUGUAAAGGAAUUCACGCUGCUUGCUUAGCAAGUACCACUUCCCGAUUUGAACCAUAUCUGGCGCAAACUCGGGACCUCUGCCUUGCUAGCACACCUGACCACCCUCCUGAAGCAGCUUAACUGUUGGUGCCACACAAAUCUAGCUAUUUGCUGGCGCAAGUGGGGACAACUCAGGCUGAGAAGUAAGUUUCACAUCCCCAUGUGCUACAUUGAUCCUUCAAACUCACUCAACAGCAACCCCCGUGUGAGCUGAGUGCAACUGUAGAUCCGAGUCAUGACACCACUGUAAAGGACCUCAAGCAGCUUUGUUGAGGACAGGGUGUCCCACUGACAGGCAGGUGAGAUUCUGCCACUCCUAGGGUGCAAGCUGCAGAGUGAUGCUUGCUAAGCAGUACCACUUCCCAUAGCCGCGGGAAGUAGUUUGGGGGUGCUGCGAUUUUCUUUUUGUUGCCCAAUUUGUUUUCUUGAUGGUACUGAAGACAAUACUGUAUACUGAACAAAAAUAUAAACGCAAAAUGUAAAGUGUUGGUCCCAUGUUUCAUGAGCUGAAAUAAGAUCCCAGACAUGUUCCAUAUGCACAAAAAGCUAAUUUUAAAUGCACACUAAUUUGUUUACAUGUCUGUUAGUGAGUAUUUCUCCUUUGCCAAGAUUAUCCAUGCACCUGACAGGUGUGGCAUAUUAAAGAGCAUGAUCAUUACACUAAUACACCUUGUGCUGGGGACAAUAAAAGACCACUCUAAAAUGUGGUUGUCACAACACAGUGCCACAGAUGUCUCAAGUUGAGGGAGCGUGCAAUUGGCAAGCUCACAGCAGGAAUGUCCACCAUAGCUGUUGCCAGUUAAUUGGAUGUUAAUUUCUCUACCAUAAGCCUCCGACCUCAUCCAAAUUGAGAUGGUUCGGGAUAAGUCGGACCGCAGAGUGAAGGGAAAGCCACCAACAAGUGCUCAUCAUAUGUGGGGACUCUUAAGACUGUUGGAAAAGCAUUCCAGGUAAAGCUGGUUGAGAGAAUGCCAAGCGUGCAAAGCCUUCACCCAAGGCAAAAGGUGGCUAUUUGAAGAAUCUAAAAUAUAUUUUGAUUUAAACACUUUUUUGGUUACUACAUGAUUCCAUGUGUUAUUUCAUAGUUUGUCUUCACUAUUAUUCUACAAUGUAGAAAAUAGUACAAAUAAAGAAAAACCCU